GAUGGAGGUUUUCUUUUUGAACAAGUACAAAGCUAAAACAACACCAGCCAUAGCCACAGGAUCACAUACUAGUGUUGCAUCAACAAUAAACAAAGCGAAUCAAGCCUUGGCAACAGCAGGUUUCAAAUCAAAAUCUCUAGAAUUUAGCGACCUUAAAACAAAAUGGGCACCAAAAAAUUCUGAAAAGCAACCCUAUUUUGCCCCGAAAAGAUACAGCAAAUUCUCAAGAGGAAAAGCUAACUCAACGCCUAUAAGUAGUUAUAGAAAACCGGAUUUUACAAUUGACGUCUCAAGAAUAACGCCUGAUCAGUUAGUGCAAGAGGUUAGGAAGAAAUUGGAAUUUGAUACGGCAGUAUUGAGUGACACUGAAGUAAAAAGCUCGGGCGAACAUAAAGGAAUAUUGAAGUCUCCAAGAACUAGUACGCCUGGUCCAGCAGAAAAGGAUGAGGGUAACCAGGAGCAAGAAAGAUUGCAAAAAUUACUAAUAAGAGAAAGAGAAGAGUUUGAGAAGAGGAGUACCGAUCUUGAUAAAAAGAAUGCCGAAUUGGAGAUGCAACUACACGAAGACAGAAAGAGUCUUGCUAAAGAAAACGAAAAAUUAUACGAACAGUCUAAGAAACAGAUGAAACAAAUAAACGAACUUGAAAGGUUACUUAGCGGAAAGCACGAUGUUAGUAUGGAGUGUGCUCAAGCUAAGCUUAAAGCUGAGAAUAUCGAACAGGAGAAUAUAUUACUAAAAAAAGAAUUUGACCGUGUUAAAUCGGAUUUAGACAAGCAAGCUUACAGUUUUAGAUCAAAGGUUGAUGAAUUAGAAGAGAUAAAAAGGAAACAAAUGGAUGAUAUAAGAAACAAGGAAGUUGAAUUGAAGAUGAUGUAUACUGAGAAGGAAGAAGUAUUGAAAGGCGUUGUUCAAUUACAAGAAAAACUAAAAGACAAGGAUUCCGAUAUUAGACGUUUAAUGAGUGAGUUAGAGAGGACAAAGAAGGAGGAUGGUUCAAAGGUCAAUCAUAUAGGUCAAUUGAAGGAAGAAAUUGAAAGAAAUUGUGUCCAAAAGGAAUCUUAUUCUAGAGAUUUAUAUCAGUUAACUAUGGAAAAUCAACAUAUGAAAACAAGAAUAGAAUCAUUAGAGAAUGAUUUAAUCGAAGAAAAGAAUAAAGUCGACAAUCUUAAAAUGGAAGUUGAGAGGUUGAGAGAAAGAGAAAAAUAUAUAGAGGAAUCUCUUGAUAUUAUUAUUGGACUCUUUAUUGAACGAGAAUUUACAAGGCCAACUGAGUCAAUGAUGUUAAAUUCUGGCAGAGAGUCAGGAAGAUUACAAAUUCAGAGUCGCUCCUCUUGCCAGAUAGCUUCAAGGUUACGUCAAAUUGAAUCUUUAACAAGAGAUCUAAUGAAAACCAACAAGUAUCUUGAAGAGGAAAUAGACAAAAAGGAUUCAAAUUUUAAAACUGAAGUAGUUAAGUACGAAAAUGAAAAACAUGAAUUUCAGAGGCGACUAGAAUUUGAAAAGAAGAACUUAGAAGUAGAUUUUAAAGACUGUCUUUUGAGAAAAGAAGAAGAGAUGAGAGAAGAAUUUAAUAGGCGUCUUCAAGAGGCUUUAAUCGAGAAGGAAAGAGAUACAAACCUUAAUCCUCAACACUCUCAAAUACCCAUACAGCUUUUGGGAUAUGUUAGAGAAAUGGAGAAUUGUUGGAUCAGACUCAGAGGAGAAAUUGAAAAAUUUAAGAAUGAAGACAAUAUGUUAUUUUCGCAUCGUAACGAUAAUAAUAAAUCAGAAACACCAACAAUGAAUGAGUUUUGUAAAUUAUCCAUCAAUCCUAACGACAGUCCAAGAUUUAAAAUUUCCUAUAGGGAAAAUGAAAAUUGUCAUAUAUCUACUCAAACUUCGCGAAGAAGAGAUAGUCCUAUUUAUGACAAUCAUUCUUUUAAAUCAUCUGAAGAAUCAAUACAAUCAAUAAAACAUUUAGAAAAUAAAAAUUCAAAGAAGAAUAAGAAGAUUGAAAUUGUAGAAAAGAGAAAAAAGAAAAAGGAGAAAUCUUAUAAGGAAUCAAUCACUGAGAAGAAAGAUUAUCCAAAAAUUUGGCAAAAUGAUUGGAUUAACAUGAAAAAUUACAAUAAACGUAAUAAACACAAUCAAUCUAUGAAUUUUAUUCAAUCACACGCAUAUCAUAAAAUUCCUAAUAAAUCAAAUUUUAAAGCCUGCUCAAAAUGUAAUGGAAGCGGUAUGGGAAGAAGAGACAAUUUUGAAUUCGGAGAAAAUCAUACCUACAAGUGGAUAAGUACAUUAGAAACUCCAUCUGAAUCUGUUUACAGUUGUACUACAACAACAUCAACAACAGUUGAAAAUUAUUUACCAGAAAAAAAAGUUAUUACUGCUAGUAUGCUUAAGGAUCUUGAACAAAUAGAAGAGAAAGAGGAAAAAUUAAUACAACUAUUACAACAUGUGGCAAGAUUGGGUAAAAAUAGUUUUUUCGCUUUUGGUGAUGUUCUCUCUCUUACGUUAGAUUUCAAAGUCAUUUUUCACUCUAAUUAUUAUAUUUCCUGUAUGAAUAUUCAUAAACAAAUGAUUAAUGGACAUGCUCUACUAGCUGAUCAUUUACAAGAGGAAGACGUUUGUGAAAAAUCUCAGAGCAAAGAAUUUCAAGAUAUCUUUGCCAAAUUUCCUACUCUAGCUAGAGCGUUAAAUCCAGUUGAACAGCAGAAAUUGUUGGCAUUUCUUCGAGAGAAAUCUGUCGAGAUCGUUAUUAGAUAUUCAUGGAAAAAGUCAGGAACCGAGAGGGAAAAAGCUGCUAGAGGAAGGCAACAAUUACUGCAAGAGGAAGUUGAAAAAGGUAGAACUAUUAAGGAAAAGGAAAAACAAAUAGCAAUUUUAGAAGAACAGCUUAUAAAAGAGAAUGAAGAAAAGGAUUCUGUAUCGGAAGACGCAAAACAUCUAAGAAGAACAUUACAGUCAAAAACUUCAAAACAUUCAGAAGAAAUGCACAAAAUGAUAAGAUCAAACGAUGCAAGUGAAAAUGCUAAUAGGAUGGCUAAUCAAAGAAUUGCCUUUUUCGAUUCUCAAAUUAAAGCAAUGAACGUUCAAAUACUAAAAGUGUUUGGUCAAAACGAAUACGAAAGCAGUUCUAAUCCAGAUAACGUUCGCGUUAGUCAAUUACAGCUGAACGUUAACAGUUUAUUAGAUCAUUUAGGCGUAAUGGAAAAACAGAUUGAAAAGGUCACAAAGGAAAGAAAAGAAGAACGUGAAAAGCUGUUUAAAGCCUGGAAUAUUUCGGAUCGUGGACAAUCCAUUCUAGACGCUUACGCUAAUUCCGUUAACAAAUUAGAAAAGAGUCAUUGGUCUUUACUUGAAAAGGUUAAUCAUAUUUGUUUAGCUUUGCACUGCAGCGACGAAAACGAUAAAAGUAUCGAAGACAAAGUGAAGAAUGUGGGAGAAUGGAGAGUAGAUUUAAAUGCUGUUCUAAAGAAACUUAAUAAUAUAGAGAGAUCUUGUACUAGUCUUCAAAAGAGUGAAGCGAAUUAUAAAGAUAGUUACGAAAAAUUAAAGAAGGAACAUACACUCUUACUUAAAUCAAAACAAGAAAGUAUAGAUGUUUUAUCCAAAGUAAAAGAAGAAAAGUCUACAAAUGAAGUUGAAGAAGAAGGAGCAGCCAAGCCAAUUCAACCUUUAUCUAAACCACAAAGACCAGAUAAAACAAAAGUUUUACCAAGAUAUAUGGAAAAUAUAUCCAAACCGAAGAAUAGAGGCACAAUUCAUUCAAUAUCUAAAUCAAAGAAGAUGAAUUACUAUUAA